UUUUAUUUUAAAAUAAAAAUCUUUAUAAAUAUAUCAAGAUGGACGAGAUUUGUCAAGAUGAUCAAUGGUUUGAACAAGCUUUCACUUACAUGAAUGAACAUGAUAUUCCUUUAUCUAAUGAUAAAAAAUUAUAUUUUUAUGGACUUUUUAAACAAGCUACUAUAGGUGAUUGUAAUAUUGAAAAACCAAGUUUAUUCGAUUUUGUUGCACGUGCAAAAUAUGAUGCUUGGAACGGUUUUAAAGGUCUUGGAUUUCGAGAAGCAAGAAAUUUGUACAUUGAAGCUGUUGAGAAUCUAAAUGUGGGGUGGUCACGUCAAGGAGAAUAUGAAUACAUUCCUUCAGAAGAAGAAAUCAAGAAUGCAGAAGGUAUGGCAGGUGGUAACUCUGUGAGCUCAAUGGCGUUUGAAGAAGAACAAUAUGAUAUUAGGGAAUCAGAGGAUCUAUUUGGCUUUACACGACUCAAUAAUGUAGAUAAAUUAAUCAAAUUGUUAGAAAGUAACCCUCAAGUGAUUAAUACAAAAGAAGAAGGUUUGACUGCUCUUCAUAUCGCUGCUGAUAGGGGCUAUACAGAGGUUGCUAAAGCUCUAAUUGAUUUUGGAGCAGAUGUUAAUUUACAAACAGAUGAUCAAGAUAGUGCACUUCAUUUAGCUUGUAUAUCAGAGCAUUUAGAUAUUGCUAAACUAUUAAUUCAACAUCAUUGUGAUAAAUCAUUAAUUGAUUCUGAAGGUAAGACUGCCUUUGAGCAGGCUGAUCCAUCCUUUAGAGAACAACUUUUAUCUAUAAUAUAAUUUUUAUUAUUAAAAAAAAAAAAGUAUGAAAGAAAAGA